AUGAUAAGAAUACUUCACACCGUCAUUGUUGCAGCCGUUUUAAUCGGCUGCUUUUGGGCGUGGAUAUCCUUCUUUCAAUACCGACCCCAAUGGCCAUCCUGGGAGACCGGACCAAAGAACGUCCAGGAUGGAGAGUCCGACAGCAACUUCGCACAUAAAGUAAUGGAAGGCAGCCUCCACAGAAUUGCAAGUGUUGCGGCAGGAACCGGGGUGGAGAAUAUUCUCCCCGACUCCCUCUCAAAGAAGAAAGUUGUCAUGGUGACUGGUAGUUCAGGCACAAACCGCAUGCUCGGGAUGCCACAUAUCAAAGAGAUGAUCUACGAGAAUCGAAAGACCUACGCCGAGAAACACGGUUUCAAAUUCAUGUGGGCCAACAUGACGAGCUACAAUUUGCCAAACGGGGCAGCGAUCUACUGGAAUAAGAUUCCUAUUUUGAAGGAGGCUUUUGAGCGUCACCCCGACGCUGAAUGGGUCUGGUGGAUGGAUAUGGACAUCAUCAUUAUGAACACCACACUCAAUAUCUACGACCAUAUCUUGUCAAAGGAAGGGCUGGCUCAUAAUAUUCUUCUCGAUCGCGAGAUGACUGGCGCUGGCGGUGGUAAAAGCGGCUUUAGUACGCCAGCCACCUACAAGCACAACGAUAUCAAUUUCGUGAUCUCUCUGGACUCAUGGGGUAUGAAUGUGGGCAACUUUUUGAUACGCAGGGGUGAGUGGAGCAAGUGGUUACUUGAUCUCUGGGUCGAGCCGCUUUACAUCUCGCAGAACUGGGUGUUCCCAGAGAACGAUGCUUGGACGCAUAUGUGGGAGUACCACGGCAUUGUGCGAGACCAUGCGGCGAUUACGACUCAGCGCUCGAUGAAUGCAUAUCCGGAUUCUAACAUGAUUGGAGAACAUUGGCAGCCUGGCGACCAUAUUGUUCACUUUGCGGGCUGUGGUGGGGACGUGACUUGUGAGAAAAAGUGGAAUAAAUAUUGGGAUAUGCGCGAGAAGGUUGAGGUGCCAAUAUCUGUGCGGCAGAAAUUGGAGGAUGGUACGGCUGAGAUCGAGAACGUGCAGGCGGGAGUUGGAUUGAAAUAA